AUGAAUUCAAUCUCAGAAUCCUUCAAAAGCAACCCUGUCAACCUCGACCGGAUCAUCCCGUUAGACUUCAAGGCUGUUUUGAAACUACCCGACUCUCACACGUGGAGCCUAUCAACCGCCGACCACCCACCCACGACAGACCCAUUUGGCGCCGGGUCGGUGCCCGUGAUAGACCUUACCGACCCGAAUGCGGUGUUGCUCACACGACAUGCCUGCGAGCAAUGGGGGGUGUUUCAAGUCACCAACCACGGCAUUCCCGUUGACCUUCUUAUAGAGCUAGAGUUCCAAACGCGGCGUUUGUUCUCUCUCCCGCUGGACCAAAAACUCCUUGCAGUCCGAUCGCCGGAGGCCUUCACCGGCUACGGCCUGGCCCGCAUUUCUACCUUCUUUCCCAAGCUAAUGUGGUCGGAGGGGUUCUCAAUAACGGGGUCUCCGAUGGAACAUGCUCGCCAACUUUGGCCACAUGACCACACAAAAUUCUGUGAUGUAAUGGAAGAGUACCAAAGGGAAAUCGGGGACCUGACAGAAAGGAUUCUGGGCCUGAUGCUUGGGUCAUUGGGCUUAACCCGUGAUGAUGUGAGAUGGUUUAAGCCUAAAGAUGGGAGGAAACAUUCCCAAGCCCUGCUCCAUUUAAACUCAUACCCGGUUUGUCCCGACCCGAGCCAGGCCAUGGGCUUGGCCCCUCACACAGACUCAUCAUUGCUCACUUUGCUGCACCAAAGCAGCACCGGUGGGCUCCAAGUCCUUAGAGACAAUGUCGGGUGGGUGCCGGUGCAUCCUAUCGCCGGUGCACUUGUUGUCAAUACCGGUGAUCUGAUGCACAUACUCUCCAACGGCCAAUUCAAAAGUGCAAUGCAUCAAGUGCUUGUCAACGAAACACAUCAUCGCAUCUCGAUCGCUUACUUCUAUGGCCCACCGGGCGAUGUUAACAUAUCACCGCCGACGAAGUUGACCAACCAUAAACAUCCGCCUCUCUAUCGGCCGGUGACAUGGAAGGAAUAUCUUGAUGCCAAGGCAAUGCAUUUCAACAAGGCACUUGACUUGAUACGAAAUGAUGUGCAUAUUGCCAAUAGGUGA